CGUACUACGAGCCCACUGCGCGCGGCGCUCCAUCGAUUUUUCCAGUGAACGGGCAUUUUCAACCACCGCGCGAUAUUGUAAACACGUUCUGAGCCGACGAUGGGCUGGUGGUGUUAUUGAAUUAUACGACUUACGAGUUGUAGUGCGUGGGCGGGAGUGCGUAUAAUGUGACACGGGAGCACCAUGGCCGCGCAAAACAAAGUGGAGAGCGGGUCCGAGGAGAUGCCGGCUAACAAGCAGGCGGACCCCAGCACGGAGCAGAAGGAGCGGCUCAUAGCCGCCGUCAAGAAGGAGGUCAAGCAGUUGAUGGAAGAGGCGGUGACACGCAAAUUUGUGCACGAGGAAAGCGGCGGCGUGACAGCGCUGUGCGGCGCCGUCGAGCUGUGCCUCGGCCAGGGGCUGCGGCGCCGCGCGCUCGGCCUCUUCAAGACCAGCUCCACCACCGCGCUGCUGCACAAGAUCGCCAAGCACUGCCCCGAAGCGGCGUUGGUGUCGGCGCGCGUGCUGUCGGUUGAGGGUGCUCCGGCCACGCGCUCGGCCUCGGGGGUGGAGCGCCGGCCCUCCGUGCCGCGCCCGCCGCUCUGCAAAAGGGGCUCCGGGUCCCUGCUACCACAGUCGCCUCCUACGGCCAGGUAUCUAUGGAUACGCAUCGCGUUGUUUGAGAAGCAGCUGGCCAAGAUAAUCGAGUAUUUAGUGAACAACGCCACUCGGUACUACGAUAGGGACGCGCUAGUGGCGGACCCCGACUACGGGUCCAUACUCAGCUCGCUGCUGGUGGGACCCUGCGCCCUGGAGUACUCCAAGGCCAAAGCACCUAUAUGCUUCUGGACGGACCCGCCGGCUGAUGAAUUGGUCCAGCGACACAGAAUGUCGGCCGGUACGACGACGCCGCCAUCCGUGCGACGACCCAUUCUCAAUUUCAGACGAAGCCUAAACGCGUCUUCGGAGGACAGCGGAUCUACCAACUCAGGGUCCGGAAACGUCGCGAGUUGUGCCAAAGAUUAUGUGGAGAGCUUGCACCAGAACUCCCGAGCCACGCUUUUGUAUGGGAAGAACAAUGUGCGAGUGCAGCCGAAAGACGUGGAGGAACCCAUGCCUGGGUACCUGAGUCUACACCAGAGUCCCAAUGGGCUGAUCAUCAAGUGGACACCGAACCAACUCAUGAACGGAUUCGCGGAGAGUGAAGGCAUCGACAAAGGUUACCGCUGCCACCUAGUGCACAGCUCGGCGUGCCAGCACAUUUGUGUUCUGUGCAGCGCGCAGCCCUGCACCGUGUACAGACGGCGCUGCUCGGGCGCGCUGUGCAUCGACUGCGUGUACUGGGCGAUGUCGCUGCAAGUGUGUGUGUGGGAGACGGUGUACGUGCACGUGCACCGCGCGCCCGCCAGCGACGCGCUCAUACUCGUCGGACAGGACGGCGUGCAGAGACCGCCCAUACACUUCCCCAAAGGUGGACAUCUGCUCUCGUUCCUCAGUAAUCUUGAGACUGGAUUGCUACCACACGGUCAGCUAGAUCCUCCGCUGUGGUCCCAGCGAGGUACCGGCAAGGUGUUCGGUCGCCGGUCGCUGCGGCGGCGGCCGAUGCCGAGCCUGUGCGAGAGCGGCGAGGAGGAGGCGGACUGGGACGACGCCGCCGGUGACUACGUCUUCCGCAUCGUCAACAACACCAUCGCUGAUAGAGAAGCGGCGAUGCGCAGCUCGCUCUUGGAUCGUGUUAUGUCGUCCCCCCCGCGCACGCCGCGUCGCCCGUUGGCGUCCACGUCAACGACGUCGUCGGACUCCUCCACCAUGUCGGUGGACUGCCCGCCGCCGCUCAACGGCGCGCCCACCACGCCGGCCGCACACCCGCCUGUCGAACAGGUUGCAUCUAUCGAGUUGGUGUGCAGUACGAUGCGAAGGCAGAUAAUAUCCCGCGCGUUCUACGGGUGGCUGGCGUACUGCCGACACUUAUCUACGGUCAGGACGCAUCUCAGCGGGCUGGUUCACCCCAACAUUAUACCGACAGAUGGUGCUCAAGGUGGUCUUACAGUUGAAGUGUGGAGGUCUAUGAUGAAUGAGAAAGGUGCAGUAAGUGACAAGGACGAAGUGUAUAGGCUCGUUUACUAUGGAGGAGUACAACACGACAUUAGAAAAGAAGUAUGGCCGUUUCUACUUGGAUAUUACGAAUUUGGCUCAACAGCUGAAGAAAGGACUGAACAAGAUAUAGUGUAUCGACGACAAUAUGAAACUACCAUGUCAGAGUGGUUAUGUGUAGAAGCUAUAGUGCGGCAGAAAGAUAAAGAGCAAACAGCGGCAUCUAUCGCAAGGCUCACACAAGCCUCAGGGAAACCAAGAGUUGAAGUUGAUGAUAAUACAGAGGUAUUUGAAGAUGACUGCAGCGUCAUAUCAGACAAUCCACCAGUCGUAUCUCCCGAGGCUAGUGAAACAGAACCUAAAAGAUUAGACGUCAAACCAGUGCUAUCUCGAGCGCCUAGCAUAGACGAAGUUGAAAAUUUAGAAUUAGAUGAAGACAAACAACACGAUUCUAAAGCCAAUGGCAAAUCUGAUAUAAGCGAAGAAAAAGAUCAAACGGACGCUGAUAGCUUUAGUGAAGUGGACGAGAAAGAUGUGUGUAUAAGAAGUGUCGUUGAAAAUCCUGAUAUGAGAAGAGAAAGUAUUGCUGAAAUAAAGAGGUUAGCUGAGGAGAUCGUCCAGAAAGGAGAAGGGAGAGGUCCCCUGUGUAGUGUAGAUAGUGCCAAUAUGAAUGUCAAUGGAACCGACAAUGGUCCCAUAGAAGAUAAUCACACAAGCCAAACACAAGCACAGUGUACGAGCGUGAUAGUCACGAAUCCGUCGGUCGAUCUUGCCGUGUAUGGUGGAUCGCCUGCGUCUGGUGGAACUACAGCCAACGUAAGUCCAGCCCGGAGUCCACUAGGCGUAGUGCGUGAAGAAUCUCACUCGGGUGGAGCGUCGUUUGAUGCUCUGGAGCCGGACAACCGCGAGGCUCGCUCGGCGUGCGCGUCUCCUGCCAGCUCAAAUGGGGGAGUUUACUCGAACGAGCUUGUGGAGAGUUUCGCUCUCAACUUGCAUCGCAUUGAAAAAGAUGUCCAGAGGUGCGACAGGAACUACCCAUUCUUCAACGACGAAAACCUAGACAAAUUACGGAAUAUUAUGUGCACGUACGUGUGGGAGCACCUGGAGACGGGAUACAUGCAGGGCAUGUGCGACCUGGUGGCGCCGCUGCUGGUGAUCACGCGCGAGGAGGCGGUCGCCCACGCGCUCUUCUCCCGACUCAUGGACCGGGCCAAAGACAACUUCCCGUCGGGACAAGCGAUGGACGCGCAUUUUGCUGAUAUGCGAUCCCUAAUCCAGAUCCUGGACUGCGAGCUGUACGAGCUGAUGCACGCGCACGGCGACUACACGCACUUCUACUUCUGCUACCGCUGGUUCCUGCUAGACUUCAAGCGGGAGCUGCUCUAUCAGGAUGUGUUUUCGGCGUGGGAGCUGAUCUGGGCGGCGCGUCACGUGUCGUCGGAGCACAUGGUGCUGUUCAUAGCGCUGGCCUUGCUCGAGACGUACCGCGACGUGAUACUCGCCAACACCAUGGACUUCACUGAUAUCAUCAAGUUCUUCAACGAAAUGGCAGAAAGACACGAUGCCGCUGCAGUAUUAUCACUGGCGAGAGAUCUCGUCCUGCAGGUGCAAACGUUAAUAGAAAAUAAAUAAUUCAUCUUAAUCGAAAAAAUUGAUGUAGUAGAAUAAUAUUUACUAUGUAUACUACGACUUUGUAUGUAGUUGAAAGGUUUUGAAGUAAAAAUGGCGCGCUAACUAAAAAGGUACCAUUUUGGUAAAAGUAUCGAUUCGGGCACCACUAAACUUAUGGCUGUCUUAUUAAUCGAAUUAGGUACUGAGAUAUCAUCGAGAUGAGAAUUUUAUUUAUGUACAUCUUGUGAAAUCUUAAGUAGGAAUAUAAUAUUUAUACUUACUAAAUUAUAACAUAUUUAUAGGGUAUAGACACAUAGAUCAGUUUUUAUUACUUAUAUUGAAUGUUGUUGUUCCUUGUAACUAUAAAAAUGAAUGCCUAUCUAAACAAAUUAUUACUUACUUAUAUAUUUAGAUAUAAAUAUUAGGUGCGUUAUA